CUGCAGUGCAUCGUGAAGGAGCGACCGGUAUUUGCGGGGCUGGUCAUUUGAAAAUCACUCUCUUCUCCUCUUCAUCAUCUUUGCCUUGUCUACCAUCCAAGUAAGCAACGGAUUGUCUUUGAACCUUCUCCACUAUCUGCGCAGUCUUCUCUUCUUUUCUCUACAAUGUUCAUUCUUUGAUGGUACAAGAAGUCGCACGAUGGAGCUUGUAGUUCAACUUCACCAUCGGGCAAGCGCCCCACUUUGGAGUAUGAUGUCUGAAUUCUGUCUAGCUCCUUUCUGGUACAAAAAGAUUUACAACCCAAAGCACGAUGCAAAAGACUUGUUUUGCGUACCUCGACCUCUCAAGAUCAUAGAUCAGCAUCAAAAGAUGUCUACACCAGUGGCAUACUCGCACCUCUGCUCUGAGUGCAGCGAGAAGCUUCGGUUCCCAGGGUCGUCCUUACCUGCGGCUCCUGUCGAUAGUCCGGGAAAUGAUGCCGAAGACCACGAGGCUGGCAUUGAACAAGAAGACGACGAAGACGAAGACUGCAAGCUACUGGAGUACACGCUGCGUGGUCAUCGGGUUGACUGCGACUACACCAUCAUCGAAAGUUACCCAGAUCUUGCUCUUUUAACAGCAAGAUCGUCAGAAUGCAAAUUCUGUCGGCUCUUGCGGCAGUCUUUAACGUCGAAGGAGUUCCGUAUUCUGGUUGAGGAUCAAACCUUCAGUCACGUUGCCCCACUCGACCUUUGGAUAUCGCUGAGCUACGCAUGGGACUUUAAAUAUACCGGGAAUGAAGAUGAUAGGGAGGUAGGACUUUGGUUCCUGACAGCUGAUUUAUAUGAAAACAGUCAAUUGAAUGGACAUCACUUGGGGAGCAUUUCCUUCCCUCUAUCAACUGCUUCCGAAUCCAUAACCAAUUUUUAUGGAAUGGGUCCCUCUAUCUACCGCGACCCCUUCUCAGAGCGCUCUCUCUCCUUCAUUUUGCGUGAGCUCGAAUGCUGCUCAAGUUCCUGCACCCACCCCCAACCGUCGUCUAAUUUCCUCCCAACCCGUCUCAUUGCCAUCACAAAUGACUCGGACGAAUGCAGAAUCAUCCAUUCCCGGGAUCUCCCAUCUUCCACCUUUAGAAAAAGUGGGACACGCUAUCUAGCCCUCACAUACUGCUGGGGAAACGCCGAGGAGGCUUCACAACAGAAGAAGCUCACCCCCAGCAACGCUUCAUCUCUCUACAACCCCGGCUUCUCAAUCGCAGAUCUAACUCCCAUACAACAAGACACGAUUAAGCUAGCCAAGUCCCUCUCGAUUUCGUUUGUCUGGAUUGACGCCCUCUGCAUCUUACAAGGUGACAGUAAGGAUUGGGAGCGCGAAUCAGCGCAGAUGGACGAUAUUUACUCGAACGCCUUCUUCACUGUUUGUUCGCUGACUUCGUGGUCUUGUCUGGAAGGAUUUACAUCCGCGGAAGAGAAAACAUCGGUUCCUGUGGCAUUCAGAUCAGCCUUUGAUCCUGACAUCCACGGUGAGAUUGCCAUAAAUGGCAAUUUUGUUGUCGGCAAAGACGUACUGAAUCCUGAGCGGUUCUCUGGGGUAGACAUCAGUCAGAGCCAAUGGAUUCGCAGGGUAUGGACGUUUCAAGAGUUGGCGUUGAGCCCACGGUUUGUACACUUUGGGGGGUCUGGCGUGGGUUUCCAGUGUAAGAGCAAGGCAAUGUAUGACUGGGGUGGUCUAAAGGGGUCACCCAACAGGAUGAUCGGGCUUGGGUUGAAUGCGGCUGCUGGAGGUGAAGACGACGAUACCCAGAACAGCCAUGGGAAUCAAGACUUCUGGAACAGAACCGUCCUAGCCGCAUACUCCCAGCGCAAAAUCUCAUACGCCAGCGACAUCUUCCCUGCGCUCUCUGGGCUUGCCAAACGGGCAAGCAAAGCCAUCAAGUCGAAAUACGUCGCUGGGAUGUGGAGGCGGGACCUCCCCUACGCAUUGAUGUGGACAAAGGAGCGCCCUGAAGCGACUUCAUUGUAAGAACACCUCAA